AUGAUUUUUGGCGGAUGGAAUCAAAUUUCGUAAUUUUAAAAUGUCAUCAUUUAUGAUAUUAAUAACAAUAGUUGGGUAGAUCCAGAAAUAUCACAUGAAAUACCUAAGUGGAACAUGGCAGGAAUUAUGGUGCCAUCUAUUCCAUCUUGGAAAUAUUUCAUUUUUGGUGGACAAGUUGGUAACUUUGAAGAAGGUGGUAACAGAACAGCAAGUAGAUUAGUAGAUGAUACUUUUGUAUUGGAUGUAGAUGCUAAGAAAUGGUCACCUGUCUAAUUAGAAGAAGAAAAACCAGUCAAACCCAAGACUAGAGAAUCAACUACUUUAAUUUAUGAUCCAUAAGAUUCUAGAAUUAUGAUGUUUGGUGGAUGGUCAAAUGCUUGGAUGAAUGAUAUGUAUGCAUUGAAUGUCUCAUCAAUUGUUGGACCUCCAUAUGCUAUCUAUUCAAUUAAACCAUGUUUGGGUCCAUUAACAGGAAAAACCAAAGUGUCUAUUACAGGAGAUGGAUUCAGAGAUUCAUAAAAUAUUAUCGUCAGAUUCUUUUCAGGAAAAGCUUAAGAGGAUGUUCCAGGAGUAUAUGUUAGUCCAACUGAAUUAACUUGUGAAACGCCUUCAUAUGAAAAACAUGGAGCUAGAAAAUCUGAAGUUAAAGUUAGUGUGGAUAAAUAAGAUUUCACUAUUAUGAGUCAAUUUUAUUCCUAUUUCUUAAACUCAAAGGCUGAAAAAACAUUAAUGUUCGGACCAGGAGUGUUGAGAGAAAAUGCAAUAAAAAAUGAUACUAUGUUCUACAUUCAAACAAGAAAUUUAAAUAAUUAAAAUAGAGAAAGUGGUGCUGAUGAAUUUUAAAUUGAAAUCACUAGACCUGAUGUUUUAGCAGAAUUGGAAGAGGAAAGAUAAAGAGAAUCAAUUAGAUUAUAAUAAUUAGAAUAGAUGGACCCUGAAGAGAGAGAAAGAAUUGAAUAAGAAUCUCACAAGAAAAGAAUUGUUAAGAGAAAGAAGGUUAAGUAACAACAAGAAGGAGAAGAAGGUGAAAAUUAAGAAUCUGAAUAUGAAGAAGUUGAAGAAGAGGUACCUUAAGAAAAAUCUAGAUUGUAAUUAUUAGAAGAAAAAGCCAAUAUCAAAUAUUCCAUUCACGAUAAUGAUGAUGGAUCUUAUAUUGUUAAAUAUUAAAUUGAAGAACCAUGUGAAGUUAUUGUUAAUGUUAAAUUAAAGAAUGAAAGAGGUGAAUUUAAUGAAAUUAGAGGUGCUCCUAAAAAAGCAUAAUUUUUAGAUGGUGUUGGUCAUAAGAAUAACCAAUACACAGGUUCAUAAUUAGUUAAUUAUGUCACUAACAAGAAUGAAGAAAUUAAUAAACUUAUUGACACCUCCAGAGAUAAUAUUAAUAUUAAAGAUAAGAAUAUAUAAGAGGAUGUCAAUAGUUUAUUAGAAGUUAUGGAGAAUCUUAAAAAGAUUUCAGAUGAAAAAGAAAACAUUCUUUUGUUAUUAGAUGAAAAUGAAUAAAUAUUAAGAACUUUAGAAAAACAUGAUAUGAAAAAAGAAACAGAAAUCAAAAAAGUGAACAAGAUGUAAGAAGAAUGGAAAAAUUUGUUAAAGAUUUCACAAACAGUUGAAAAAGACAUAAGUGGUCCAGUUAAAUAAGAGGCUGAUAAGACUAAAGAAAAGAUUAAGAAAUUUGAAGAACAAUUAAAAGAAUAUUUACAAAGUCUUAAAAAAGAGACAUUUUAUUAAUAUAAAACAGGUAUUAAAGAUUCAUAAGAAAGAUUUGCUGAAGUCCAAGCUUAAAUUGAUAAAUUCACAAAAACACUUUAAAAUUAUGAAUAUUAUUCUAAAAUGUUCAACUUCCCAGAUGAAGUUGUUGGUUGUUAAAAAAAUUUAGAUGCUAUUAAAUAAGAAGUAGCUGCUGUAUAAUUAUUAUGGGAACACAUUAAGAAAUGUGAAUAAAAAUUCUCAGAUUACAAGAGAUAUAAAUGGGCAACCAUAGAUCCUAAUGAUAUGGAAGAUGAAGUGAAAAAACUUCGUAAAUUCUUAAUUGAUAUGAAGGGUAUUGAUAAAAGAUCAAAUGUAUUCACUGGUAUUAAUGAAGAUUUACGUAAAUGGGGUACUUUCAUUCCUUUAUUGACUGAAUUAAAAGAUCCAGCUAUGAAUACAACUGAUAGCAGACAUUGGAAAGAAGUCAAGGUUGUUGUUAACCAAGACUUUGCAAUAGGAGAUGAUAUGGAAUUAGAUGUUAUUUGGAAUCUUAAACUUUUCGAUUUUAGAGAAAAAAUUGAAGAUAUCUCUGAAUAAGCAAAAUAAGAAUUAAAAAUGGAGAAGGGUAUUAUCAAGGUAGAUACAUUCUGGAAGGAUGUACAAUUUGAAUUAUUGAAACACAAAGAUACUGAUAUCAGGACAUUGAAAAUGUUAGAUGAACAUUUUGAAACCUUGGAAGAACAUUAAUUAUAGAUUAACAAUAUGUUAUUGAGUAAAUAUGUGAAAUUCUUUGAAAAGGAUGUUGAAAAAUGGAAAUAAGAUUUGGGAGCAAUUUAUGAUGUUAUUUAAUUAUUAUCAGAAGUACAAAAGACAUGGUCCUUCUUAGAAAACUUAUUUAUUCAAUCAGAAGAAGUCAAAAAGGAAUUACCUAAGGAAUCAGAAUAAUUUGUUGGAAUUGAUAAAAAUAUGAAAGAAAUUAUGGAAUCUGGUUGCUAAAUUAAGAUUAUCUUGAAGUUCUGUACAUAACCAAAUAUGUUGAAAUCAUUAGAAAAAAUAUAAGCUGAUUUGAAAGUCUGUGAGAAAGCAUUGAACGAAUUUUUGGAUUCUAAAAGAAGAGCAUUCCCAAGAUUCUAUUUCGUUAGUGUCAAUGACCUAUUGGAUAUCCUUUCAAAUGGUAAUUCACCUGCUAAAAUUAACAGACAUAUGUCAAAGAUAUUCUAAGCCAUUGAUAAAUUAGAAUUAUAAGAAAAUGAUAAUGAAAGACCAUUUGCUAAAAAGAUGAUUACAUGUGUUGGCCAAGAAGAAGUAUCAUUAGUUAAACCAUUGUAAUUGUUAAAUAAAGUCGAAAUCUAUUUAUAGGCCAUGAUUGAUUCUAUGAUUGAUACUCUCAGAGAAUUAGCCAAGAAAUCAUUUGGAUGCUAUGAUUCUAAAACAUGCCAAUUAUAAAUGGAUAGAAAAACUUGGAUUGACUAAGAUCCAGCUUAAAUUGCUUUAUUAGUCAAUAACAUUAUGUGGUCAGUUCAAGUAGAAGAAGCAUUUGCAAAAAUAGCGAAUGGGGAUAUGAAUGCACUUAAAGAUUAUUUUAAGAGAAGUGUUGAAGCUCUUACUGAGUUAAUUAGAUUCGUUAGAGGAGAUUUAACUAAAUCAUUAAGAUAAAAGUUGAUGUGUUUGAUUACUAUGGAUGCUCACUCCAGAGAUACUAUUGGUAAAUUGAUUGAUGAACAUGUUCGAAAACCAGAUGAAUUUUAAUGGCAAUCCUAAUUGAAAUUCUAUUGGGUCAAUAAUGAUGCUCUUAUUAGAAUUGCUGAUGCAUCUUUUAAUUAUUCAUAUGAAUAUUUGGGUAAUGGUCCAAGAUUGGUUAUUACACCAUUGACAGAUCGUAUUUACGUCACAGCCACUUAAGCAUUGCAUUUAAAGAUGGGUUGUGCACCUGCUGGUCCUGCAGGAACUGGUAAAACUGAAACCACUAAAGAUUUGGCAAAUGCAUUGGCUAAAGCAUGUUAUGUGUUCAAUUGCAGUUCAGAAAUGAAUUAUGAAUCUAUGGGUAAUAUCUAUAAGGGACUUGCAAGUUCUGGAUGUUGGGGUUGUUUUGAUGAAUUUAAUCGUUUAUUACCAGAAGUCUUAUCAGUCUGUUCAGUUUAAUUCAAGGCAGUCACUGAUGCUAUCAAAUAAUAGAAAAAGACAUUUUUAUUCCCAGGAGGAGGUGAGAUAUCUUUGGAUCCAACUUGUGGUGUGUUCAUUACAAUGAAUCCAGGUUAUUUGGGAAGAGCAGAAUUACCAGAAGGAUUGAAAGCAUUGUUUAGACCAAUUACAGUGGUUGUUCCAGAUUUAGAAUUGAUUUGUGAAAAUAUGUUGAUGGCUGAAGGAUUUGAAGAGGCAAAGACAUUAGCACAUAAAUUCGUUACUUUAUAUAUGUUAUGCAGAGAUUUAUUAUCAAAAUAAUUGCAUUAUGAUUGGGGACUUAGAGCUAUUAAAUCUGUCUUAGUCGUUGCUGGUGGUUUCAAGAGAGCAGAAGCAAACAUUGCAGAAUAGGCACUUUUGAUGAGAGCCUUAAGAGAUUUCAAUAUUCCAAAGAUUGCAUUCUAAGAUUUGGAUGUUUUCUCAGGAUUAUUAUCAGAUUUAUUCCCAAAUAUCAAUAUUCCAAGAAAGAGAGACAUGGCAUUUGAAGGAAUCAUUGAAUAAGUCACAGCUGAAAAUAGAUUGGAUCCAGACCCUGAUUAUAUUUUGAAGAUUGUUCAAGCAUCAGAAUUAUUAGAAAUUAGACAUUGUAUUUUCGUGAUGGGUCCACCAGGAGCUGGUAAAUCUACUACAUGGAAGAUGUUAGCUAAAGCUUAAGACAAGGCUGGUAAGAAGACAACAGUGGUUGAUUUAGAUCCAAAGGUCGUUAGUACUAGAGAUUUGUAUGGUUACAAUUUACCAACAAAGGAAUGGAAGGAUGGUUUAGUUUCAAAAGUUAUGAGAUCUCUUAGUGAAAUUCAAGAUGUUAAUCCUAAAUGGAUAUUACUUGAUGGAGAUUUAGAUGCUAAUUGGAUUGAGUCUAUGAACUCUGUGAUGGAUGACAAUAAGAUAUUGACAUUGGCAAAUAAUGAAAGAAUUCCAUUGAAACCACACAUGAGAAUGCUUUUUGAAAUCAGAGAUCUUCGUUUUGCUACUCCUGCCACAGUGUCUAGAGCUGGUAUCUUAUAUAUUUCAGAUGACAAGGGAUAUUNGUAAUGGUCCAAGAUUGGUUAUUACACCAUUGACAGAUCGUAUUUACGUCACAGCCACUUAAGCAUUGCAUUUAAAGAUGGGUUGUGCACCUGCUGGUCCUGCAGGAACUGGUAAAACUGAAACCACUAAAGAUUUGGCAAAUGCAUUGGCUAAAGCAUGUUAUGUGUUCAAUUGCAGUUCAGAAAUGAAUUAUGAAUCUAUGGGUAAUAUCUAUAAGGGACUUGCCAGUUCUGGAUGUUGGGGUUGUUUUGAUGAAUUUAAUCGUUUAUUACCAGAGGUCUUAUCAGUCUGUUCAGUCUAAUUUAAGGCAGUCACUGAUGCUAUCAAAUAAUAGAAAAAGACAUUUUUAUUCCCAGGAGGAGGUGAGAUAUCUUUGGAUCCAACUUGUGGUGUGUUCAUUACAAUGAAUCCAGGUUAUUUGGGAAGAGCAGAAUUACCAGAAGGAUUGAAAGCAUUGUUUAGACCAAUUACAGUGGUUGUUCCAGAUUUGGAAUUGAUUUGUGAAAAUAUGUUGAUGGCUGAAGGAUUUGAAGAGGCAAAGACAUUAGCACAUAAAUUCGUUACUUUAUAUAUGUUAUGCAGAGAUUUGUUAUCAAAAUAAUUGCAUUAUGAUUGGGGACUUAGAGCUAUUAAAUCAGUCUUAGUCGUUGCUGGUGGUUUCAAGAGAGCAGAAGCAAAUAUUGCAGAAUAGGCACUUUUGAUGAGAGCCUUAAGAGAUUUCAAUAUUCCAAAGAUUGCAUUCUAAGAUUUGGAUGUUUUCUCAGGAUUAUUAUCAGAUUUAUUCCCAAAUAUCAAUAUUCCAAGAAAGAGAGACAUGGCAUUUGAAGGAAUCAUUGAAUAAGUCACAGCUGAAAAUAGAUUGGAUCCAGACCCUGAUUAUAUUUUGAAGAUUGUUCAAGCAUCAGAAUUAUUGGAAAUUAGACAUUGUAUUUUCGUGAUGGGUCCACCAGGAGCUGGUAAAUCAACUACAUGGAAGAUGUUAGCUAAAGCUUAAGACAAGGCUGGUAAGAAGACAACAGUGGUUGAUUUGGAUCCAAAGGUCGUUAGUACUAGAGAUUUGUAUGGUUACAAUUUACCAACAAAGGAAUGGAAGGAUGGUUUAGUUUCAAAAGUUAUGAGAUCUCUUAGUGAAAUUCAAGAUGUUAAUCCUAAAUGGAUAUUACUUGAUGGAGAUUUAGAUGCUAAUUGGAUUGAGUCUAUGAACUCUGUGAUGGAUGACAAUAAGAUAUUGACAUUGGCAAAUAAUGAAAGAAUUCCAUUGAAACCACACAUGAGAAUGCUUUUUGAAAUCAGAGAUCUUCGUUUUGCUACUCCUGCCACAGUGUCUAGAGCUGGUAUCUUAUAUAUUUCAGAUGACAAGGGAUACUAAUGGAAAGCAUACGUGAAAUCAUGGGUUAAGAAUAACUUUAAUGAUGAUAAAUUUAAAUAAGAUUUACAGAAGCUAUUUGAUAGAUAUAUUGAAGGAACUUUACUAUUCUUGAAGAAACAUUGUAAGACUUUGAUUCCAGUCAAUCCAAUUUCUAUGAUUAUCUCAUUAUGCAAGGCCUUAUUACCAUUGUUAUAAGGAGAAGUGAAGAAUAUGGAAUAUCAUUUUGUGUAUUGUUGUGUUUGGGCUAUAGGAGGUGUUUUAUCUGAAAAAGACUCCAUAGAUUAUCGUAAAGAUUUCUCUAAUUGGUGGAAAGGAGAGUGGAAGACUUCAGUGAAAUUCCCAAGUAAGGGUACAGUAUUUGAUUACUUUGUUGAAUAGAAUUCAGAGAAUGUUAAAUUCGAUGAAUGGGCUAAGAGAUUAUCUAAUAUAGAUUUUGAUCCUUAAUCUAUGGUUAUGGGUAAUAUCACAGUGCCAACUAAAGAAACUUUGGCUACAAGUGAAUUAGUUAAAUAAUUUAUUUAUGUUUAACAACCAGUUUUGAUGAUUGGUUAAUCCGGAUGUGGUAAAACCCAAUUGGCCAAGGGUAUUUUGAGAGAUAUAGUGAAAGCUCAACCAGAUAAUUUUACUUAUCAAUUGAUCAAUUUCAAUUAUUAUACUGAUUCAACAUAUUUGUAAGCUUAAUUAGAACAAUAAUUGGAAAAGAAGGCAGGUAGACAAUUUGGACCUCAAGGAAAAGGAAAAUUAAUCUAUUUCAUUGAUGAUUUGAAUAUGCCUUAAUUAGAUCCAUAUGAUACUUAAACAGCCAUUGCAUUGUUAAGAUAACAUGCAGAUUAUGGCCAUUGGUAUGAUUUAAGUAAAUUGAGUUUGAAAGAUAUCAUCAACACUCAAACAAUAGCUGCUAUGAAUCCAUCAGCUGGUUCAUUCUUUGUUAAUCCAAGAUAUCAAAGACACUUUUGGACUGUUUCAAUCCCUAUUCCUGACAAUGAAAGUUUGUUCUUAAUCUACAACACAUUCUUAUCAGGACAUCUUAAGAGAUUCAAGCCAGCUGUAACUGAAAAUGGACCUGCAAUUAUCAAGGCUGCUUUAUAAUUACAUACAAGUGUCAUCUAGAAUUUCAGAAAGACAGCCAUAAAUUUCCAUUAUGAAUUCAAUCUUAGACAUAUUUCGAAUGUUAUUUAAGGAUUGUUAUUAGCAGAUCCUGCUAAAUUUAUUGAUUCAGAUAAAUUGAUAAGAUUAUGGGUUCAUGAAUCCGAAAGAACAUAUGGAGAUAGAUUAGUCUCAAUGGAUAAUCUUAAUACCUACAAAGCAUUGAUGUUUGAUUUGUUAAAGAAAUAAUUCACCAAAUUCAAUUUCAGCAGAUUCUUUGCAAAAGAUAAUCCUGAAAAUCUGAUCUUCUGUAACUUCUUGGCUGGUAUUGGUGGUGAUAGAUUUUACGAUUAGAUGCCAAAUGAUAAAUUGGAACCAGUGAUAACUGAAGCAUUAAAAGAAUAUAAUGAUAACUUUGCAUAUAUGGGAUUGGUGUUAUUCGAAGAUGCCCUUAAACAUGUAUGCAGAAUCACUAGAAUUGUGUUACCACCUGGAGGACAUUCAUUAUUGGUAGGAGUAGGAGGUAGUGGUAAAUAAUCCUUAACCAAAUUGGCUGCGUUCAUUAUGACAUACACACUGUUCAUGAUUACUAUCUCAAGCAAUUAUGGUAUGAAUGAUUUAAGAACUGAUUUGUAAUUACUUUACUAGAAAUCAGGUGUCAAAGAUGAACCUAUUAUGUUUUUAUUCAAUGAAGGUCAAAUCACAAAUGAGAGAUUCUUAACAUACAUCAAUGAUUUGUUAUCUUCAGGAGAAGUGGCAGAACUAUAUAAUUCAGAUGAAAAGGAAGUUUUGAUCAAUCAAAUUAGACCUAAAGUAAAGGCUGAUGGUAGACCAGAUACAAGAGACUCAUGUUGGGGAUGGUUUAUUGAUAAAGUAAGAUAGAAUUUACAUAUGACUUUGUGUUUCUCACCAGUAGGUGAAUCUCUCCGUAAAAGAGCUCGACAAUUCCCAGCUCUUGUUAACUCCACUGUCAUUGAUUGGUUCUAACCAUGGCCUUAAGAUGCUCUCUAUAAUGUUGCUUAAUAAUUCUUAAAAGAUAUUGAUGUGCCAACAGAUUAAGUUAGAGAAGCUAUUGUUAAGUUUAUGCCAUUCUCAUUCAAAUUAGUUAAUGAUUUAUCAGUCAAAUUGUUAGAAUAAGAAAGAAGAUAUGUCUAUACUACACCUAAAUCAUUCUUAGAAUUGAUCAAAUUAUACAUAUUCAUGUUGAAGACUAAGAAAGGAAUGCUCGAAAAGAAUAAGGAAAGAUAUGAAAAUGGACUUAUCAAAUUGAGAUCUACACAAGCUUUAGUGGCUGAAAUUGAAAUUCAAGUCAAGGAAAAGCAAUAAGAAGCUGAACAAAUUAAGAAUGAAGCCAAUCAAGUCGCUGAAGUAGUUGGUAAAGAAAAGGCUAAGGCUGAAGUUGAAAAUGCAAAGGCAGCAGAAGAAGAAGCCAAAUGUUCAACCAUCAAAUAAGAUGUUGAAUAGAAAAAGACAUCCACCCAAGCAGAUUUAGAUGCUGCUAUCCCAUUAGUUGAAUAAGCCAAGGCUGCCUUGAAUGGUUUGAGUGAAAAGGAUUUCUAAGUUGCUAAGAACUUUGCUACUCCACCUGCUGGUGUGCCAGAUGUCUUCUCAGCUACCAUUUUCUUAUUGGCUGGUUUCUAUAAUGAACAAAUUGAAGUUGAUCCUAAAUCAAAGAAGCCUAAAGCUUAUGAUUGGAAGAGUGCAUAAAAGAUGAUGCAAAAGCCAAAAGAAUUGUUGAAUAAACUCAUGGGUUUCAAAGAUAUUGUAGAUGCUAAUCAAGUACCACCAACAAAUGUAGAUUUUGUUAAGAAAAACUAUUUGAAUUUAGAGCAUUUUAAUGCAUAAACUAUGGCUAACAAAUCAUCAGCUGCUAGAGGUCUAUGCGAUUGGGUCAUUAACAUUGUCAAAUAUUAUGAUGUCAUUCAAAUUGUAGAACCUAAGAGACAAGCACUAAAAGAAGCUAUUCAAUAAUUAGAUGAUGCUAAUGCAAAAUUGGCUAAAGUAUAAGAACAAGUGAAAGAAUUAAAUGAUAGAUUAGCUGUUUUGACUGCUGAUUAUAAUAAAGCUAUGGCACAAUUAUAGGCUGCCUUAGAUUAAGCUGCCAAAUGUGAAAAGAGACUUAAUUCUGCGAAUCGUUUAGUUAAAGCUUUGGGAAGUGAAAAUGAACGUUGGGAUUAAGCAAUUAAAAUGUUAGAAGGCUAAAUUUAAUUAUUAAGUGGAGAUGUUUUAGUUUCAGCUGCCUUUGUUUCUUAUGCUGGUCCAUUCAACAAGAGAUUCAGAGAUGUUAUGAUAAAGGACUAUUUCCUGAAAUUCAUCAUUGAUAAUAAGGUGCCACUUAGUAAUAAUGCUGAUCCAGUGAAAUUAUUGACAGAUGAAAGUACUAUUGCAAAAUGGAAUCAAUAAUUAUUGCCAAGUGAUGCUGUCAGUACUGAAAAUGGUACCAUUUUAACUAAUUCUGAAAGAUAUCCAUUGAUCAUAGAUCCUUAAUUAUAAGGAAUCAAAUGGAUUAAAGAGAAGGAAUCUUCAAAUAACAUGAAGAUCUUACGUAUUGGAUAAAAAAACACAAAUAGAUAAAUUGAAUUCUCUAUCUAAGCUGGUAAUCCAUGCUUAAUUGAAAAUAUGGAUGAAAGAAUCGAUGCUGUAUUGAUGCCAGUUAUUGCAAGACAAUUUAUCAUCAAGAGUUCAGGAUAAAAGAAGAUUAAAUUCGCUGGUUAAGAAUUGGAUGUCCAUCCCAAAUUCUAAUUGUUUUUACACACAUAAUUGAGUAAUCCACACUAUCCUCCUGAAAUCUAAGCAGAAGCUACCCUUAUCAAUUUCACUGUUACUGAAGAUGGUUUAAGUGAUUAAUUAUUAGCCUUGGUUGUUGGUAGAGAAAGACCAGAUUUGGCUUAGAAGAAAGUAGAAUUGAUCUAACAAUAAAAUUCAUUCAAAAUUAAAUUAAAAGAAUUGGAAGAUGAAUUAUUAUACAAAUUAGCUAAUGCUGAAGGUGAUAUUUUGGAAGAUAUUGCUUUGAUUGAAAAUUUAGAAUACUCUAAGAAGAUCUCAACAGAAAUUGCUGAAAAAGUAGAAAUUGCUAAGGCCACAGAAGCUAAAAUCAAUGAAACAUCAGAAUAAUACAGAAAUGCAGCUGCUAGAGGUGCCUUAAUUUAUUUCUUAUUGACAGAUCUAUCUAAGAUCCACUCUUUCUAUAAAUAUUCAUUGGAAUCUUAUUUGGUUGUUGUUCAUAGAGCUAUUGAUUUAAUUUCUGAACAUAAAUAUGUACAAACAGGUGUCAUGUUAGAUGAGAAAGCAGCAGCUUAAAUUGAUCUCGGAAAGAAGAAGGAAGGAGAAGAGGAAGAAGCAGCUGAAGGAGAAGAAGGAGAAUAAUAACAAGAGGAAUAGCAAGAAGAAUAAUAAUAAGAAGAAUAAUAAUAAGGUGAACAAUAGUAAGGUGAAUAAUAAGAGGGAGAAUAAGGAGAAGGAGAAGAAGGAGGAGAACCAAAGGAAGGUGAAGAAGGAGAGCAAAAGAAAGAAGAAUAAGCUGAAGAAUAAAAGAGAUCUGCUGAUGAUGAUCAACUCACACCAUAAUCUUUGAGAAAGAGAGUCAAUUAAUUGAUUGAAAGUAUUACAUAUACAUCUUUCUAAUAUGCCAGAAGAGGACUGUUCGAAAGACACAAGUUGAUUGUAUCAACAAUGCUUACGUUGAGAAUCAAUUUGAAAGCUGGAAAAUUACCAAAGGAAUAGGUUGACCAUUUGAUUAUUGGUAAAAUUGAAUUAAAUCCUCCUCCUAUGCCUGAAUCAUUGAAAUCAUUCUUGAAUGAUACAAUUUGGGCAUGCUGCAAAGCCUUGGAAUCAAUCCCUGAAUUUAAUGGUCUUGGAUAAAGUUUAGAAGUUGACAAUCUCUAAUGGAAGAAAUGGUAUAAUGAAGAAAAGGCUGAAAUCAGUGAUCUACCUAAGGCAUUCAGUCAUCUUAAGAAAUUCCAUAGAUUACUGUUAUUAAGAACAAUGAGACCUGAUAGAUUGACAUCAGCUAUGGCUAAUUAUGUUGCUGAAGAAAUGGGAGAUAAGUAUGUUGAAUAACCUCCAUUCUCAAUUUUUGAAACCUUUAGUGAAAUGGCUCCAACCACACCUAUUUUCUUUGUCUUGUUCCCAGGAGUUGAUCCUACACCAGAAGUGGAAAGAGUGGCUGCUUAAUAUGAUAUUACAUCAUUUAAUGGCAAAUUCAUCAACAUCUCUAUGGGUCAAGGUCAAGAAGAAAUUGCUAGAAAAGCUUUAUUAGAUUGUGCUGUUUAAGGACAUUGGAUUAUGUUACAAAAUGUACAUUUAAUGUAAAAUUGGUUGACAGGUCUUAAUGGUUUGGAAGGAUAUCUUGAAACUGUUUAUGCCAAACAUCAUCCAAACUUCAGAGUUUUCAUUUCAUCAGAGCCUCCUCCUCUACCUGAAAUGAAGAUUAUUCCAGAAUCUAUUCUAUAAGCAUCAGUUAAGGUUGCUAAUGAAGCACCUUAAGAUUUAAAGGCUAAUCUCAGAAGAGCCUAUGCUCACUUUGAUUAAGAAUUCUUAAACAAAUGCUAAAAGAAACCAUAAGAAUUCAAAGCAUGUUUGUUUGCUUUGUGCCAUUUCCAUUCCUUGGUCUUGGGUAGAAAGAAGUUUGGUGCUUAAGGAUGGUCUAGAAUUUACAAUUUUAAUGAUGGUGAUCUAACAAUAUGUGCUAAUGUCUUGUAUAAUUAUUUGUCCAAAUAUGAUGUUGUGCCUUGGGAUGAUUUGAAAUAUAUCUUCGGUGAAAUUAUGUAUGGUGGACACAUUACAGAUGAUUGGGACAGAAGAACCAAUGCUACUUAUUUGAAAGUCUUAAUUAAACCAGAAUUAUUACAACCAAAUUUCAGUUUGGGUCCAGGAUUUAAAUCACCAGAUCCUUCAAAAUUCGAAUAUGAACAAUAUAAGGAAUACAUUGAAAAGAAAUUACCAAUUGAAUCUCCAUAAAUGUUUGGUAUGCAUCCAAAUGCAGAAAUUGGUUAUUUGACAUAAUAAUGUGAAACAUUAUUCAGUACCAUCUUGGAUGUUCAAGGAGGAUCAAGCAGUGGUGGUGCAGGUAAAAAAGAUGAUGGAGUUAUGACUUAAUUGACAUUAUUAAAAUCCACAACUCCUGCUGAUACUAAUUUAAUGGAUGUCACUGCUAAGGCAUCAGAAAAGACACCUGAUCAAAUUGUGUGUCUAUAAGAAUGCGAAAGAAUGAACAUUUUAUUAGGUGAAAUCAGAAGAUCACUUGAAGAUCUUAGACUUGGUUUAACUGGUGCUUUGAAUAUCACAGAUUAAAUGGAAGCCUUAUCUCUAUCAUUACAAUUCAAUAAAGUCCCUGCCAGUUGGGAGAAGUUUGCCUAUUUUUCAAGAAAGGGUUUGGCUGCCUGGUUCAAUGAUUUAAUUGAAAGAACCAACUAAUUAGCAGUAUGGACAUAAGAGAUGGUCACACCAGUUUCAUUGUGUAUUAGUUAUUUGUUCAAUCCUAUGUCAUUUUUGACUGCUAUCAUGUAGAAGACUGCCAGAGAAUAAGGAUUACCUUUAGAUGAUGUAAGAUAUUAUUAUUUAUAUUAUUUAGAUGGUCUUGUAAACAAAUGUGACAGCAAUCAAAGGACAUGAAGAAGUUACUGUUUCAGCUGAGAAUGGUGCUUAUAUUCAUGGUUUGUAUUUGGAAGGAGCUGCAUGGGAAUUAGGUGGUUAAGGAUAAGAAGGAUAUUUGAUUGAAUAGAAAUAGAAGGAAUUACAUCCAAAGUUACCAGUUGUUAAUGUGAUCGCUGUGACAGCAGAUAAAAAGAAGAAGAUUGGAUAAUACUAAUGUCCAGUUUAUGUAACAUCAAUGAGAGGACCAACAUUUGUAUUUACAGCAAAUCUUAAUAUGGAAAAUGAAGAUUCAGACGUAUCUAAAUGGAUUCUCAGUGGUACUUGUCUAUUAAUGAGUGAUGAUUGAGAAAUAUUUGAAAUUUAUUAUAUAUAUUAUAUAUAUUCAUAUUUU